AAUAAAUAUUGAUAUUUCAUUUCCAACAUUUGUUUUUCUAUUUUGGUUUCCAUCACAACUUGACAUUCUCUAUAUAGGAUUGGUGAAAUGAUGACGACGAUGUUGAGUUUUACAAGUCUCUCUCAUCCUCGUUUACUCAAAAGGUCAACUCAUUCAAGUUAUCGUGUGUGGUUAGCUUCCAAAUCUGUGCGCAAGUCUUCUACACGAAUGACGUUGGAAUCUGCUCUUGAAACUAAACCUUUAGUAGAUCUUCGCAAUAAAAAAGCGUUGGUGACAGGUAUAGCAAAUAACAAGUCGAUUGCUUAUGGAAUUGCCCAAGCACUUCGCGAAGCAGGUGCCGAGCUGGGUAUUACUUAUCUACCUGUGAACGAUCGAGUACAAGAUAAAAUCAAACAGCUAACAGAACCUUUGGAACCCAGUCUAUUUAUUCCUUGUGAUGUUCAGAAACCUAACGAUUUGGAUCAUCUCGUUUCUCAGAUACAGAGCAACUGGAGUCAGUUGGAUAUUUUAGUUCAUUGUUUGGCCUUUGCAAACAAAGAAGACUUGAUUGGAGAGUUUAGUAAGACUUCAAAGUCAGGAUUUGAGUUGGCUUUGAAUGUGAGUGCCUAUUCUUUGAUUGAGUUGUGUGGGAAAACCAAACACCUUAUGAAACCUGGUUCCAGUGUUCUUACGAUGACCUAUCUUGGAGGAGACAAGGUCGUUCCUAAUUACAAUGUGAUGGGAGUAGCCAAAGCAGCUUUGGAAGCUUCGGUUCGAUAUUUGGCAUCAGAAAUGGGACCGGAUGGAAUUCGAGUCAAUGCAAUUAGUGCAGGACCGAUAAGAACUCUGGCAUCUUCAGCUAUUGGAGGAAUCAUGGAUAUGAUCGAUCAUGUAGAAAAGAAUGCUCCUUUAAGGAGAACGGUUACUCAAAGAGAAGUAGGAAAUACGGCAGCUUUUCUUCUUUCUCAUGCUUCAUCUGGAAUAACGGGACAAGUAGUUUAUGUGGAUGCUGGUUAUCAAAUUAUGGGAGCUGCCAUGAAUCACUAAGUAUUGGAUAUCUGUUCCUUGGUAUACUUUUUGGCCUUUAUCAUUUGGUCUUUGGAUAAUAUCAUUGCCAUUUUGUAUUUGUCCAAAGACUCUUCUUCCCAGCUUCUUCUUUGUUCUUCCAUUGGCCAUACACACCAACCGCUUUGAUGAAGAAAAUAGCCCUCGUCUUCUGCUUUCAUAAAUAAAAUAUGUUCUAUGGAAAGAUUGUCUCUAAUAGAAUCAACUUUUCUCUUUUU